UGAUAAAUGAAAUAUUGCUUUCAAAUUUCAAUAAAAUAUAAAUAAAAUUUUUAUAAAAAGAAAAACAGAGCUAAAAGAAAAAGGCUAUAAAGCAAACGCGUGCCUAGGGAAGGCACCACUUGCGAUAAUUUUUCUUUUCCAAAAGAUAGGCAUAAAGAAAAGAAUCGUCGGAUAAAAAGGGAGAGCCGUCGGAUCUAGGGUUUCCUGUACUCCGGCGAGAUGCCGAAGAAUAAGGGCAAGGGAGGUAAGAAUCGGAAGAGGGGUAAGAACGAGGCCGACGACGAGAAGAGGGAGCUCGUGUUCAAGGAGGACGGCCAGGAGUACGCCCAGGUGCUGCGCAUGCUCGGCAACGGCAGGUGCGAAGCCAUGUGCAUCGACGGCGUCAAACGCCUUUGUCACAUCCGCGGCAAGAUGCACAAGAAGGUCUGGAUCGCCGCCGGUGAUAUCAUCCUCGUCGGCCUCCGCGAUUAUCAGUUCGACUGUGCUAUAGUCCUGCUUUUGUGCUCUGCAAAUCAGGAGUUCACUCGAAUGGUUUUGUUCUGUGCAAAACAUGAGUUCACUAGAAUGAAGAUGAGGGAAGUACAGAUAUCAACAGUACUUCCUUUCAAAACUUACCAUACAUUGAAGCUUGUGAUUGUUGCUAAUUUUGAUCGUGAUGAUAAAGCGGAUGUAAUUCUGAAAUACAUGGCUGACGAGGCUCGGUUGUUGAAGGCUUACGGUGAGCUGCCAGAGGGCACAAGACUGAACGAGGGCAUUGCAGGUGGGCUUGACGAGGAAGAUGAUGGGCCUGCUGAUGAUUACAUCGAAUUCGAGGAUGAUGACAUCGACAAACUCUGAAAAUCUCAACGUCUUACUAGUUCAAGAAACCUCCCCUUUGUGCUCAACAUCUAUAAUAAAAUCAAUAACGAUGAUAAUAAUACUACUAUUACUGGAGAAAGUAUUUAUUAUACUCGUGUGAUGAAAGUACAAAUAUAUGAGGGGAUUUCCCUUGUUUGUUUAGUAAUGUAUUUUAAGUUUUAUACAUGAUUAAGCUUUUUUUAUGUCUGGCAGACUUUUAGUUGAUGCUUUAAUGUUGAGCUUUGCUUAUAUGUGAAAGAAAGACCUUCAUAAUUUAAAUCUUGAGUUCAUUUUCUUGAAAGUUUAACUAGGAUUUUUUUUUAAUCAUAUUGGAUAAUGCUAUGAUUCUUGUGUAUGUGAAAG